AUGUCCCGCUCCCGUAACUCGUUCUUCAGCAACUCUUCAGGAACAAAUGAUCAAAAACAUCCUCUUCUAUCAAGCGUGUAUGAUCCGCAUAAUGAUGUUAAUCUGCGAGAUCUCUCUUCCCCUUCAGCUUCGAGAGCUACACCGAGUCCACCGCCAGAAUUCUAUAGGGGUAUGAGGUCGCCUACUAGUGCGAGUGCGAGUGCGAGAACACUAUCUCCGAGACCAAUUUCAGAAUCGGGAUCUGCGAGUAAAUUUAAAGGGAAUGGGAAGGCGAAGGGAAGGAGGAUACAAUUUGCUGCUCCUCCGCCACCAAUUGUAGGAAGUGUUGCUGGUUUGGGUAAUAUUGCGAGGAGUUUGGAUGGGAGUGGAAGCUCUCAUAUGAGAGGGAGUGUGGUUCGGGAAGGAAGAGUUGGAAUAUUGAAAAGUGUGGGGAGUGCUGUGGGAAGCUCUGCGCAAAAUGAUAGUCUUUUGGGGCUGGAAAGGAGAGAGCGAGCUUUACAAGCGGAAUUACAAAUGUUGCUAGAUGCACAGAGCGAGGGGCUAAUGCAAGGAUUCGGUGGAGGUAGUAAUGGAGAAGAGCAUAGUGGAAGCAGCACGCCUACGACAAGGUCAUUACAACGAGAUAGAGAUAGGCAGGGAGGUAGAAGUACAGAAGGAGCUCAUAUGCGUACAAUUCCUGUCCGACAACCAAAGAGAAAGUCUGUCGGACUAAGAGGCUCGAGGAAAGGGUUGUUAAGGAACAUGGGUCUAUUGGCAGAUGUUAAAGUUGAGGAAGGAGAAUUGUUAACAGAAGAAAUCAAGAGGAGAGAAAUGUGUAUUGCGAAAACGAAAGAUUGGAAGAUUAGAAUCGACGAAGUUAAGAGAGAAAUUGGCGAGUUCGUCUCAGCAGACAUAACAAAUACUAGAAUCUCUUCACCGAAUGAAGAAAGUCAUCAAUCUCCUAAUGCAAGCAAAUCCGAAGAAGAUCGAGAGAUAGCGGAACUACGGACUGAAGAGCGAGCUGUCGAAAACGAAAUCCGAGAGACGGAAGAUAGACUGCUACAGAUGAAAGCGAGGCGGACCUGGCUGGGAGAUCGGAUCAAUGAGAGAGUUAAUCAGAGAGAAUCGCGAUUGUCUAGUUAUCGUGGUGCUCUGAGGGAAGUGGAAUCAGAAGUCCAGGAAUUUUUGACGAGACCGCCGGCUAUGGUAUCGAUUUGUAUGGGGAACGAAGAAGGAUUCAUGGCACUACCACCUAAGCGACGCACCUUAGAAAUGGCGGAGGAAUGGUGGAGUAAAGAGAUCAAUUCUUUGCAAGCCAGGAAACUAGAGGUGCAAAAGGAAAAAGAUGCACUAGAAGAUGGAGCAAAGCUCUGGGAAGAAACCGUAAAGCUAGUUGUGGCCUUCGAGGACGAAUUGAGAGAGAAUAUGAAGAGUGGAAAAGUGGGAGAUGUAGAGGGAUUAAAGAUGCAAAUUGUGAAGAUGAAAAAGGUAUCAGGGAAGUUGUAUGAACUUGAAAGGAUAGCGAGGAGCAAAGGCUGGAAUUUGUUGGUCGUGGCGGUGGGUGCGGAAUUGCAGGCUUUUAUACAGGGCGAGGAGAUUCUGAGAGGGGCGUUUGGGAGUUCGGUGGGAGGGGAUAGGGGUCAUGGUGAGGAUGAUGAUUAUAAUCGUGAUGUUGAGAUUGAUGUUGAGAAGAAGGAGAUAAAGAAGGAUAAUGAUGAGAGGAGUAUUGAUACGGAUGUGGAAUUGAGAACUACGCACUCGAGGGAUGAGGAAUCGAUGACUGAUGAUGAUGGGUUGAAAGAAUUGGAGGCGGAAUUCGCGAGGCAGGAAAGGAGAGAGGGAGGGAUGCUGGGGGAGGGGAGAGUAAGUGUGGAUAGAGAGGGUGGGGCUGGAGAUGAGGAUGUGGAUGUGGAUGUGGAAGAGAGUGAUGAGGAAAAACACUUGAGGGAGUUGAUGGUGGGGCAUAGUAGAGGGGAUGAGGAGAAUGAUACGGAUCAUGAGGGGUUUUGA